AUGACCGUCAACCUCACCCGCGACGAGGGAUACGAACCGCCGCUGAACGCCCCUCGCCGCCCCCAGCACGACGAGAGUAGCCGCAAGGCCGCGGCAUCUUCUUCAUCCGCCUCAUCGUCCUCCGGCGGGCGUGCUUCGGCGCCCAGGGCAACGGCGACAAGACCCAGGAGCAACGCUGAUUGCCUUCUAGGCGGCACCGGGGCCGUCGGCGUGGCGUCCUCGCCACCUGCCGGCUGCUACGGCGGUGGUGCUAGCGGUGCCGGGACAAGGAAGAGAAACCGGGCGGCGGGUGCGGCGGGUGCGGAAGGAACGGCAUCGGGGGCGACAGCAAGACGGAAGUUUCUUCGGCGAUACUACCACCACGUUGCGUUCCGACGCCUGACCCCUCCGGUGACCAACACGGAGACGAUCGACACGCCGGUCCCCCUCUAUCCCACGUGUCUCGACACCUGCGGCAACAUGGUGGCCCUCGGCACUCGAGAGGGUCCAGUCCUUCUCUUCCACACCACCAACGGUAGCGGCGGCGGUGGCGGCGGCGGUAGCGGCGGUGGCGGUAGUAGCGGAAGUUAUCGUGACGGAGCCCCGCUUGCUCUCGAAACGAACGCCGCCGCGGGACGGUCUGCCAUGACCCCUCCAGCGGCCCGCGCUCCCGGCAAGGCCGCGACCCCUACCACGGCCUUGGCCGGCAGCAGCAACAGAAGCGGGAGCACCGCCUCCGUGACGAGGGCGUACGGUUCCCUCGCCGACGGGACGGGGCCCACCACGGCUGUCCUGGUGGAUAGAGCCAAGGUCAUCGCCGCGGGCCGCGGGUCGCGGAGGAGCGGGGGCGGGUUUGUAAUCAGGAUCUACGCGGUGGACUCGACGAGGCUCUUGCGGACCCUCCGGUGCCUGAGCGAGGUGUCCCGCAUGUCUCUCUUCGAUCCCGUCCUCGCCGUGCUCUCGUUGGGCUCGGGCCGCUUGUCGUUCAGGGAUCUGUACGCGGACGGAGGCGGUGGUCUCGGCCAGCGUACCGCGAUGGGCGUUUCCGCCGCGGCAUUCGCUGCCGUCGAGGGCCAUCUCACCAACAACAACACCAACACCAACAACAACAACAACAACAACAACACGGGCACCAUCCGACCAGACUACAACGGCGACGGCACGACCGUCCUCCACUGCGUCAACUCGACCGGCACCGUCUUCGAGGCGUCGACUAGCGGAGCGGCGUGGAACUCCGAGCUGAUCGCCCCGGGGGGCAGUGAGGGCGGAGCGGAUCCGGCGGCGGCGGCUGCCGGGGGAAGAUGGCACGUUUGUGCCGACCUUGAAGCGUCUCUCCUGGUCCUUGCGACGCCGUGGGGCGCAAUCUCCGGUUGGCGUCUAAACCCCAGCGGGCGCCGCGCCCGCGGCCCGAUCUUUUGCUUCGGACUAGGAUCCUCCUGUUCGGCCUCCCCGUCGCCUUCCUCGCGCCCACUGACCUCCAUGAGCCUGACCGCCGGCGGUCUGAUCCUCGCCACCUCCGCCGAGGGCGCGCCCCCCCGGCUGUGGGACAUGCGCCUGACUCGGCGGCGGUGUGGGUGGGGGCUGGCCGCGGACGGUGGCGGUCCUUCCGGAGCAGGGGGAGCUCGAGCGUCAGGGCUGAGAGGCACCCCCGCGGGUGGAAGAGGAGGGGGCUCAGCAGCAGCGGCAGCAGCAGCAGCAGGAGGAGGAGCAGGAGGAGCAGCAGCAGCAGCAGCAGGAGCAGUGGCAGCGGGCAGCACUCGACAGGAGGGUAGUAGGGCCGACGACGCCGACAGUCGUGGUGGACGUGUUGCAGCGGGUAGGGCGCGGUACGUCGGGGUUCGGCCGUGGCCGGUGGGAAUCUGGGCGGUGGGAGUCGCCGCGAACGCCGGGAGCGGGAGGCUGGUAUCGGCGUGCUCUGACGGACGCAUGAGGUUAUUCGAUUUCUUUUUUUUGUGUGUGUGA